GCAAAAAAACUGCAGGGCAGUCGGACAGCUGGAUCUACAAACUCCUACUGUCACGACCACUGACUUAGCCCUACAGUUCUGUACUACUACAUCUAUUGCUUGUUGGUCAUUGGGUCACUACUGCCACUGACCACCUGCACCUGCCGUCAUUCCUCCGCCGCUCUCUCCGAUCAUCUUUCUUGGAGCUCCCAAACUAGAAAGAUCCCCCCCUCAAAAAAUAAUACCAUCCAUCCAUCCUUGUGUUGCUCUCAGCUUUCUGUUCCUACCAUACGAUCCUCUCGCCUCAUUUCUUCUCUCUUCCUUGUGCCCGCAUUCCAACAUCUAUACUUUGUUGAGUGAUGGUAUUGAACCUCUGAUUUACUCGGCAUAUCAAUCAUAUUCGCGCAAUUCCUCUCACGCGACUCGACUCGACUCGACCUGGUGCGCCAACAUACCCCCCACCACUCUCGGUCCUACAGUCCUACCAUCCUGCAAGAGUUGUCAUAGACUUCGUACAAGGAGAGAAAGCAAAAGAUACGGUGCAUAGAAACCUCUACAUUUCGCCGACCCUUUUCUCCCCUCACAUAACCCACAAUGGCUCCCUCCAUCCCAACCACGGUGGAUGAGCUGCCAUCCACCGAGCAAGUCAAGGAGCAGGUUGCUGAAAAGGCAAAGGGUGCUGUCUCAGGCCUGCGGUCGCUGGCCGCCGGUGGUGUCGGUGGUCUUUGCGCCGUCAUUGUCGGCCACCCGUUUGAUCUGGUCAAGGUGCGUCUACAGACGGCCGAAAAGGGUGUCUACUCAGGCGCCAUGGAUGUGGUGCGAAAGACAGUCGCGCGAGAAGGUCUCGCCCGUGGUCUCUACGCCGGUGUCUCAGCUCCACUCGUCGGUGUCACACCCAUGUUUGCCGUCAGUUUCUGGGGUUAUGAUAUGGGCAAGAGAUUGGUCGACACGUUCAGCACCGUCACAGUCAAGAACAACACCCCGCAAUACACCAUCGGCCAGAUCAGUGCCGCCGGUUUCUUCUCAGCUAUUCCCAUGACUCUCAUCACCGCCCCCUUUGAGCGAGUCAAGGUUCUGCUCCAGAUCCAAGGUCAGAAACAGCUGGCUCCCGGAGAGAAGCCCAAGUACAAUGGCGGCGUCGAUGUUGUCAGACAGCUCUACAAGGAAGGUGGUGUUCGGUCUGUGUUUCGAGGCAGUGCCAUGACCCUGGCACGUGAUGGUCCUGGUUCUGCCGCCUACUUUGCCGUCUACGAAUAUGUCAAGCGCAGUCUCAGUCCCAAGGAUGCCGAGGGCAAUGCUACUGGAGAACUGAGCCUGCCCGCCGUCAUGACUGCCGGCGGCGCUGCUGGUAUUGCUAUGUGGAUCCCCGUCUUCCCCGUCGACACCAUCAAGUCAAGACUGCAGUCUGCUGAAGGACGACCUACCAUUAGCGGCACCAUCAAGGGUGUCUAUGCCAGCGGCGGAAUCAAGGCAUUCUUCCCUGGAUUCGGUCCUGCUUUGGCCAGAGCCGUGCCUGCCAAUGCCGCCACUUUCCUCGGUGUCGAGUUGGCCCACAAGGCCAUGAAUCAAGUUUUGGGUUAGACGCAAGAGGCGUGAGGAGAAGUAAGAAAGAGAAAGAAAAGAAUGCUUUGGCCUUGGGAAUGAUUUAGUACUUUGGUUCAGUGGAAAACGCAUUGUAGGCUGGCGCAGGUGAUGGUUCAUGCCGCAGUUGCAAAUUGAUUGCAAAAAUAGAGGAACCGUUCUAAGUGCACAAAGUUGGAGAUAGAUGGAAACACAGUAUCGUCUGAUAGAUUGUAUGAUACAGAGUACAAUGAGUGGUAUUCA